AUGACCCAGCCUCUUCAAGGUCCUAACCAACAGAUGAUGGCCCAGCAGGCCGCGGUUCAGGUCAUGUCUAAUGGACAGCCUGUAGUUAGCCACCGUUUGAACGAGCUCCUGGAGCUAGUGAAGCAAGAGUUUGUCAAUGUCUCCAAUGAGGCAUCCACAUAUCUCAUGCAUAAGGACGAGUUUGAUCAGAAAAUGUACGCUCAGCAUAUGAGUGCUCUUCAACACAUGCGCCAGACUAUUUAUGAUUUGGAGCAAGCUCACAAGAAGGUCAAGGAGCAGUACGAGGAGGAGAUCUCGCGUUUGAAGCAAAAGCUUGAGGCCGCCAGCUCAGGACAGGCCACUCCUGCAAACGUCCCACAGCCUCCUCAACUUGAACAUACAAGCAACUUAUUCAACAACGGCAUGCAAGGUCGCGGGCAGGAAAGUAACGGUCCUACCCAACCGGGGGCGCAGGGCCAACCUGGUAGUCAUAGUGCCGAACAACGCAGCUUCACUGGGCAAAAUGCGCCGCAAUUACCUCUUCCACAAGUUUCCCAGCAGCAGAAUGCUCAGGUACCUCAGCCAGGCCAAGCACAAAUGGCCUACGCGAUGCAACCACAGCAAGCCUCCGCAGCUGUACAGCCCGUUCCUCAGCAAAUUCAACCCGACCAGAAACCACCAGUUGAAAGACCACAAAGCACUGCCACAGCUGACGGCUCUGCUUCGGCCACGUCGGCUCCCAGUGCUCCAGCGGCUACGGCAGCCCCGCCAACCCAACCCGGUAGUGGACCAACCCCUCAGGAGGUGGCUGCCCAGCUGGGGAAUAACCUUACUUCCUUGGACAUUGACACGCUACCGUCUUCUCAAGUCAAACGAGGUGAUGGCUAUGUGGUUGUUUACAAUGAAAAGGCCGGUCACCAUCUCGAUGUGGAUCUCUUGCACAGUCUUGAGCACGACUCAGUCGUAUGCUGCGUGCGAUUUUCACAGGAUGGCAAAUUUUUAGCUACCGGAUGCAAUAGAGUUGCACACAUCUACGAUGUUCAGACAGGUAAACUGAGCUGUCGGCUGGAAGACGAAACCGCGUCGAGGGAAAACGAUUUGUACAUUCGUGCCGUCUGCUUUUCACCGGAUGGCAAGUAUUUGGCCACAGGUGCCGAAGACAAACAGAUUCGCGUUUGGGACAUUGCCACUGGCAAGAUUCGCUACCUUUUCACGGGCCACGAGCAGGACAUAUACUCUCUGGACUUUUCCCAGAACGGGCGUCAUAUUGCAUCUGGCUCAGGAGACCGAACAGUUAGAAUCUGGGAUAUGGAAACUGGUCAAUGCAUUCAAACUUUGUCCAUUGAGGAUGGCGUCACCGCGCUGUCCAUCAGCCCCAAUGGCAAGUACGUUGCUGCAGGCUCUCUUGACCACAUCGUAAGAGUGUGGGAUGCACAAACGGGAACGCUCGUGGAGAGAUUGGAGGGCCCUGACGGCCAUAAAGAUAGCGUGUACUCGGUCGCAUUCACACCCAACGGGCUGGACCUUAUUUCCGGCUCCUUGGACAAGACAAUCAAGCUUUGGGAGCUCCAGGCCCCUCGAGGUAAUAAAGUUGUUAGUGGUGGUGUAUGUGCUCGCACGAUUAUUGGACACCGCGAUUUCAUCUUAUCAGUGUCAACCACGCCAGACGCCCGCUGGCUACUAUCUGGAUCAAAAGACCGGAGUGUGCAGUUCUGGGACCCUACCAACGGCCAGGCUCUGUUGAUGCUGCAGGCUCACAAAAACUCCGUCAUUUCGGUCGAGCCUUCACCUAUGGGCAGCCUUUUUGCAACUGGCUCUGGCGACUGUUGGGCAAAACUUUGGAGGUAUUACCCCCGCUCUGAAUCUACGUCUUCGUAA